GUGGCUUGGGCGAGGCACAGGUCGGCUGACUAAGCUUUCGGAAACGUCCGUGCAACUUCGUCUCUCGCUGGAACCCCUAGUUCAACGAUUUUGUUAUUCAUAUACCAAUAUUCCGAUGGCGCUAAAGGCUUCCCGGCUCAUUAUAUUUGCAUUUUUCGUCAGAUACUGCAUCGCCUGGUCUUGGUCGCGUCAAUCUCCGGAUCAACCACGCGUUGUUCAGUCUGCCAAGCACAGUGAUACUCAACUAUUUUCACCUGAGAUGCACGCUGGACUAUCACACGAAGAGAUCGACCUGAUCUCCAAACACACCGGCGCAUUUGAUGGAUAUAUGCGUAAAAGUGACUGCUUUCAAGAUGCCGCAAGACACGCCCAGAGUCGAUGCGAGGAGUCUCACAUGAGUGAGGACGAACGCAUACAAGUUGCUAUCAGGCUCACCCUUUGUGAACUUGCUACAGCUCGCCACCAUACGCCCCCUCUCGAGUGUUCUCCAUUUUCUAGCGGUGUCGGAUCACCCGUCCCGCAUCAUGUAGUAGGUGAUUGUGUCGACGCACUCUCUCGGAGCGCUCAAUUUUGGUCUAGCUACUCUGGGUACCUGCGAGAAAUCCCCCAGCUGUGCUUUGCGUUUCGUCGUUGGAUGGAAAUUGACACCGCAAAGGAUAUCUAUAGAAAUAUAACGCUAGAGAAACUCGCUCUUAUUCGCUUUAUUCUAGAACAGCAAAAGGGUUUCACAGCUGCACGCCAGAACUGGGAGCGAUCAUCCACAGACCUGGGCGAUCUUAUCAAUGUGUUGAAAUCGACUAACAGUAAUAUACGCGACGUCGCAGAUGUGACGUCCACUUCCAUCGUUCAACAUGCGCAAUCACUGUUCGCAAAGAUGGAGACUACCUUGUCAGUUAUCAGCCAGCAGAGCUUCGACGAUCGUAUUCGUUCAUUGGACAAGGUUGACCGGAUGAUAGAUGAUAUGGAAUUAAGCCAUUCGGCAGCCAUGUCGUCGUUGCUGUCACUCGUCGAAUCGCGUUUGACCGCUGAAAUCGAAGAAUUCGCAUCGCUGAUGUUAGAGCAGCGCCUUCAAUCUCGGGCAGUCGCGGAUCAGGUUCAGCAGAAAUGGUCUGCGCUUGACGGGAAUUUUUUUGCAAUGCAAAAUUCCUUCCAUGACCUGCAGAGUGUGAUCACAGGGCUUACGGUCUCCUUGGAGACCUCUUUUUCCCAAGUAGUGCACACGCAAGAGAUUCAACGAGAGGUCGCAGAGUCUGUUUCACUUCUUGACGACAGAAUUUCUCAGCUCACAAAGGCGACUCAUCGCGAACUUGAAACAAUCAAUCAAACGGCUCUUGCACUCAUUGACAACUUUCAGCGCAGGUCAAAACACAACACAUGGCUAUUUAAUCUGCGGUGGCUUUUGCAUUUUGUCGAACCCACGUCAUUCCUCGGCUUCAAGACUUUUCAAGUUGCAACUAGUUUCUUGGUAUUCCUCUGGCGUUUUCUAGAAGUGAUGUUAUCACUUCUCAUGACUAGCGUCGCUGUUUCCAGCAUCAAAAGUCAGCUAUUACACAAGUUCCGUGGUUCAAAACAACAAGUGCAGCCGAAAGAAUAUUCCUGGCGUCUCGACCCUUACCCGGAGGAGAAUGUGUCACUUGUCUCGAACUUCAGGGAUCUACAAAGGAAUGACGGCUUGGACCCGCGGAUCAUUCGACGACUUGCUGGGCCUCGCAUAUCUCGUAUACCCGAUAGGAUCUGUCGUAGAGCUACCCAAGAAACUCUGCGUGGCCCGUAUCCCUCUUCUAUCUCUUAUUGAACGUUAGUUGCUGUUUUGUAAAUUUUCUGCACAUUAUUUGCGUCAAGUCAGAAAUUGUAUCCUUAAAUUUAGC